AUGCAUCGCGCGCAGGAUCGAGCCCCGGGUGGCCUACCGUUCGCCACGACGGGUGGGAACUCUGCGAUCAAGCAGUUCUUCGGCGUCUCGAAGAUCAACUUUGUCGACUUCCUCGAACGCGAGCAGCGUAGCACGCUCAGCCCGGCCUCGUUGAAGAGUAUUCCCGGCAGGAACUGGAUCCAUCUCUCUAACCUUGUGGUCGUAAACCUCUGGUGGUACAAGAACGGAUGUCACCUCCGCCUCGUCGAGCGCAUCGCGGCCCGUGAGCUGACGCGCCCGGAUUCGAACGCGUUUCAGCAGCGUGUCUUCUCGUUUUGCAAGCUGAUCGACUCGCCGUUGCGCCAGAACCUCGGCAAUACCAAGUUUGAGAUGCUUCUCGUCCUUGCGUUCAACAAGCGAACUCUGUCUGCCGAAUGCGAGCUCGUUAAGGUGCUCGAGGCGACGAUGACGGCCUUGGAGUCUGCCACGACACCCAUUGACCUUAACGGCAACAUCGACAACGAUGAGACCGAAGCCGGCUUUAUCGUCGUUGAAACGCUGCGGUCGGCGGCCACAGUCGGCACGGCGUCGAAGGAGCACAAGAUUUCUAGCGAUCAGUUUGAAUUAGUUAGCAUCCAAUCACUGGGUUGA